AUUAUGACGGCACCACCUAGACCCUCAACUUCCAAGAGACUGAGAACAUCCACCCAAGAGGCUCCCGUGGAUAGGACUUUCGACGUGAGUCGAUUCCAAAGUAUUAAGGCUAAGGAUAGGUAUGUUAAAAAUUAUGAAGUGAAGGCUUUAGUUUCCGAUAGGGAUAUUGAGUAUGAUAACUUUGCCUGUUUUGGGGUUAAUGCCAUUAUUAUGAGAGGAUAG